AUGGAACUUCGGCUGGAUUCUGGUCAAUUCAAACAGUCGUUAAUUUGGCCAGUAGGAGUGAUAUCCAGCAACCUAACAGCAGUCCUGUCACAACAGGGAAGCCAAUGUACACUUUUCAGACUACAGUAUGGUUGUCGGCUUGCCUUACAAAUUCCAGUAGCAGAUGCUAAUGGUGAUAUUUUAAGAUGUCGUUGGUCCUCGGGGUCAGAGUGUGUCUCUGUCUGUUCCGCUCUCCCUUACGCCAGCUUAAAUAGAGAGACAUGCACGAUAACUUUUCCAUCAAAUCACACCAUAAAUGGUACAUAUGCUGUAGCUGUAACUGUCGAAGACUUUCCCCGUUCAAAUAUUCUUAUUGGUGGGACGACGUAUACUCCUUCUGGCCCCAUGACGUCAGUUCAUCUCCAGUUUCUUGUGAGGACUCCCAGUUUGUCCGGUGGUUGUGAUGAAAGACCCAUUUUCGUCAAUAAUACACCCCCGGAGGGCACCAUUAUUAAUGUUAUGGUGGAUCAAACGUUACACAUCUCCUUUUACGUCGCUAGCAAUGACAAUAGCAAGAGUUGA